UUUUAAACCAACAUAUUUAGUUACUCUAGACAGACUGCGUGAUUUCCAUAGUAUUUAAUUACUUAUUUAUUUAACCUCUGUUCAAGGUCUUGGCCCAUAUCAAUAUUAUUUAAUUAUAAUACUUUCUUCUUCUACAACAGCGUCUCUCUAAAAAACAUACUUCUACAACCCCCCCUCCACACUCCCCUAUGAAUACAGUCCUAUUGCGGGACAGUAAGACGAAUAAGACGAAAUACAAAUGGCACAAAAAGCCGCAAAAACCCUCGCAGCCCGCAACACCCGCCUCCUCAAUCGCACCCACCUAACCUCCCUAUCCCUCCACCUCCUCUACCUCCUCCUACACUUCCUCUUCAACCGUCCCCGCGUCUUAACUCCCUACCUCAUCUUCACAACCCCAACCCUCGCCAUAGAAUUCUACCUCGAACGCCUUGGCCGCCCGCGCUAUAGCAGAGACGGCGGCAGCGGGAACACCCUCCGCUCUGCCGGCGAAGACCUAGACGCACCGGGCCUAACGGAGUACUUUUGGGAUGUGAUUUAUUGGACGUGGGGGUGUAUGGGGGCUGUGUGUAUCUUUGGGGACCGCGCGUGGUGGCUGUGGGUCGUUGUGCCUUUGUAUUCAGCUUGGUUGGUGUAUUCGACGUUUAUGGGGUUUAAGGGGAGUAUGGCGGGUAUGGCGGGUAUGGCGGGUAUGGCGGGGCUGGGAGACGUGGAUGGUGGGGAGGGUGUGGAGAGCAAGAGACAGAAGAAGAUGGAGAAGAGGGGAGCGGCGCAGAGGGUCAGAUACCGAUGAUGGAUUGGAUGGGCGGUUUUUGGGGGGCUUACGACGUGUACAUGGACAGCUAAUACGGCUACUGAUCGAGCAGUUUGGAUAUUUUUUCUUGCCUUUGCGUUUACAUUUUUGCAAAAACCAAAAGGGCGGUCGAUGUGAUCUUGUAUAUUUUAGUUAUGUACAUGUAUAUAUUGCUUGGUGUUUGUAUGCCGAGAAAAAGGAUGAGUUGUGCCAUUUUACAAAAUAGACGCUGCCAGGCGCUGGGAAAUAGAGAACAUGAGAAAAUAAUACUUAAUGAAACUUUGUCCAAACCACAGGAAAAGAAGGGAAAGAAAGGAAAGAAAGUCAUGUCAUGUAGCUAAAGGGUCGACUGGUAACGAAUAUAUAUAUGGCAGAUCAAAGUGCACGGGACAUAAAUGCAACAACAUAUAGGUACGAGCUGUGGCUUAUAUCAAACCAGCGAAAGUAAGUGGGUCUGUGAGAUAUAUUAUUAUGUGUACUAGGGGAAGUGAUGUAUGGGUAUGGUAUGGGGUAUAAAAACAUGGAUGUCCGUUUUGGUCGUGC